AUGGUCCGAAAUGGUGGAGCUACAUAUUUGCAGAUUUUGGAUCCAUUUCCGGCUUCUCGACGGAAUAGGCAUCGUAUGAUUCGAAGAUUUGUAUUGCUCUUAUUAACAGUUGCUGUUCUGUCAGUAUUCUUCUUAGUAACUUUAGUAGGUAUCGAUGAUGAGUUCCACGGAUAUGAAACAUCUCAGACUUAUCAGAAAGAGAAAGACUCGAAUCUCAAAAUGAUUCUAGUUGGUGACACGGGAGGCAUGCCCAUUAUACAUACGACGUCAGCUCAAAAUCGGGCUGCGAAGACUAUGUCCGACAUGUCUGACGAAAGGGGUUUGGAUUUGGUUAUAAACACGGGAGAUAACAUAUAUUAUACUGGUGCAGUUGACGAAUUUGACGAUCGUUUUCAAACUUCUUUUGAAAAACCAUACACAGCCAUAGAUGUGCCAUGGUAUAUGAUAGCGGGUAAUCAUGAUCACUUUGGGAACAUAUCGGCGCAAAUAGCUUACACCAAUCACAGCCGAAAAUGGAAAUUCCCAUCUUUGUAUUAUAAGGUUUCUGAGAAAACAAAAGAUGGAGCUACCAUCGACAUCUUGAUGAUCGACACGAUUGUAUUAUGCGGUAAUUCACGCGACAUCGAAUUUGCGGGUUUUUGGAAGAUGGUUACAGCGAAAUCUCAUACACCUGAAGGUCCGGUCAACGUUACUGCAGCCAAUUUACAAUACAAAUGGUUGGAGACUAAUCUCAAAAACAGCACAGCUGAUUAUUUGUUUGUCGUUGGACAUUAUCCAGUUUAUUCUGUUUCUUCGCAUGGACCAACUCAAUGCAUGAUUGAUAAUGUUAUUCCGUAUUUGGCGAAGUAUAAUGUAACAGCUUAUAUUUCUGGUCAUGACCAUAGUCUACAGCACUUUGUUGGCCCCAAUCCAAUACACAAAGAUAAAGAGAUCAACUACAUUGUUACUGGAGCUGGAUCAAGAUCUGAUCCAUCGGGGAAAAAUAAAAAUUCAAUUCCCGGAGAUGUAACGACGAAAUUUCAUUUCCCCAAAUCUGGUUGGAUUAUAAAGCAGCUCGGCUUUAGUGAUGCUGGUUUCAUCUACACAGCUAUAAACUCUCACAUGGCAGAUUUAUCGUUUGUGGAUAAGAAAGGACGUAUACUGUAUGCAACAUAUUUGUAUCCGCGCAAGGGCCGUAUUUCUAAGGAAACCGAGUCAACGACUCCACCUGUCUGA